AUGCUGGACAAAAUUUGGCGUCCUGACACUUAUUUCUACAAUGGUAAACAUUCACACAUACACACCAUUACGGUACCCAAUAAAUUAUUGCGUUUAGAUCAAGAUGGUGGAAUAUUAUACUCCAUGCGUUUAACCAUUAAGGCCACCUGUCCCAUGGAAUUAAUCAAUUUUCCCAUGGAUCAUCAAUCAUGCCCCCUAAUUAUUGGUAGUUAUGGUUACACUAGUCGCCAGUUGGUUUAUGAAUGGAAGGGUGGUGAUGAUGCUGUUUCCUUUGUACCCGGCAUGACAUUAAAUCAGUUUGAUUUGAUAAGCAUGAGAAGUCGUAACUUAACUUAUGCCAGGCGAGAGGGUGAAUUUUCAACAUUGCAUGUGGCGUUUAAUCUUAAAAGGCAUACGGGGUACUUUUUGAUACAGGUUUAUGUACCUUGCAUACUGAUUGUCGUCCUUUCAUGGGUCUCCUUCUGGAUACAUCGUGAAGCUACCAGUGAUCGUGUCGGCUUGUGCGUAACAGCCGUUUUAACCCUAUCAACUAUUAGUUUAGAUUCACGUAUCGAUUUGCCAAAAGUAAAAUAUGCCACCGCUCUCGAUUGGUUUCUGCUUAUGUGUUUUCUUUAUUGUAUUGCCACUUUGUUGGAAUUUGCUGGGGUACAUUAUUUCACAAAGGUGGGAAGUGGUGAAAUACCUGCCAUUAGUGAAGAUGAAUGGGAGGAUAUGGAAGAAGAACAAUUAGAUUAUGAUGAUGUUGAGCCAGAAUUACCCUCUAUGCGAGAGAGUAAUGAAUCAUUGGCAGCAGAACUAUCACAGAAUUCUGAAUAUGCUCAACAGUUACCAGGAGGAUUUCGUAAACGUAAUGCCAUGAUCUGUCCCAUUUACGAUGAUGAUCCUACCCACAUUUUCCAAUGUCCCUCUUCGCAUGCUUCUACCAUGGAGAGAACAACACAAACAGAUGCACCAGUUAUAUCGAAAGCGAAACAAGUGUGGUUGUGUUUUAUAGGAGAUGUAAAAUUUCGUAAGGAACGUGAACGUGAGGCAGCAGCUAAUAAAAAAGGUCCGCGUUAUGUUAAUAGUGUCUCUUUAAUCGAUCGCAUUUCACGUAUUGCCUUUCCUAUGUCAUUUGCUCUCUUUAAUCUUUUAUACUGGUUGGCUUAUGGCAUGUUUAAGAAAGAUUUUUCUUGGCCCAAAGGUUAACAAAUUGGAUGUAUUGCUGGCAUAACUAACAAUAAACUCUACAAACAUAUUCGUAUGCAUAAAUCCACAACUCAUAUAAAAACAUUCUUUCUGAAAUACUUAUCGUUCAUUUACUAUAAUACCGGCAUAAGUUAAAAAAACAACAAAGUUUAUUUUAUUUAACUUGUAUUUUUAAAUAACUAAGAGAUCGCAGGAUUUAAAAAAAAAAAUAAAACAUUAUGUUUAAAGUGGAUCCUAAUAUAUUUACUUCCACACUUGUGGUGUAGGAUGUAAAAAGUAGCACACCGAUAAUAUUAGACAUUUUUGAAAAUAUACAAAACUAUACGAAAAACUUGAAUAUUACACUUAAAAAGUACCUUGUAUAGUUUCAAAAACCCAAAUGUAGGAAUAUGUCAGUCAUGUAGUUAAAGAGCGAUAUGUAUGUAUUCAAAUGAAUUAAUGCAUAAACGAAUGUAAAAGCAAACACACACUCACACAUACACAUACACCUACACCCUCAAAAACACAAACAACUAAUCCAAAUUUUAUGCUUUUUGUCACUCGUAUUAAUCCAUUGUUUAUUGCUAUUGUUGUUAUGUACUAACAAAAACAAAAAAAAGGAAAAAAGAAUAUCAUAAAUAAAUAAGUCUUUGUUAA